UAAUGGAGCUUGAAUAAUUCGUCAGUAUAUUUACGGUAUGAGGUUCGACGGUACAUCAGUCCGCUGCUGCGCGAAUUGUGUUACAAACUAAAAUUGUUAUUAAAAAAUUAACAAACGAAUACCGCGAAAAAGUCCAGUGCCCAUUGAUAUAAAGUCGCGACUAAAGUGCGCGGAAACAAGAAGAAAAACAAGAAAACGUGCGAAAACCACCGCCGGUAGCCGCGCCAAAAAAUAAGAAAAAAAAACCGGGGUGCACCACAAAAAAAAGAAGAAAAACACGCGCAGUAAUGGAAGCAGACAUUGCGCCUGUGAUUGCCGCUAAUGGCACUGAAGAGAUUAGCCCCGGUGUAGAGGUGGCCCCCCCGGUGGUUUACCAGGAGCUGCAGCCACAUACCGACCAACAGCAGGACAAGUCGAUAGAAGCCACAGACGCCUCCGAAGUAGUGGGAGAGCUUAUGGAUUACAUAGGAGAGGGAGACGCCUCCACUCAUACAAUGGGAAAUGCAGCAGAGACGGAGGAAGUUGCAACAAUAACACCAGACGUUGCUAGGGCCGUGCAAAUAGGGGAAGCAGAAUUUUUGGACGAUGAGAUGGCCGAAGUGGAUGUGCAUAAGCUGAUUGAGGAGGUGGACAAUGCUAAUACAUCACCCGCAGAGCAGGGCAUAGAUGGGGGCGCAGACAAAGCCGAUGCUGCUGACAUCGGUGCGGAAGAAGAUAAUGCUGCAGAAAAAGACGAUGCAGCUGCUGCUGACGUCGGUGCUGAAGAAGAUGUCGCUGCCGUAGAGGAGACGGAUGUUACCGCUGAGGAAAAUUUUGAGUCUGCAUCGGCAUCGGAAGAGGAAGCUGAACUGAUCACCGGUGACGAGCCACCCAAAGAGCAGGUCGAUGGCACUGACCCUGUUCCCGCCGUCAGGGAGCGCAAGAAGGAGGAGGAAGUUGACGAGAAUCAGUGCCGCGGCUGCACCAGCAAGGAAGAUCUAGUCAGUCUCUUCAAAAAGACAGUUGACGCCACACCCGCCGACAUGCUGGUGGACCUCUGUCCCAACUUGUCCAUUGCCGUCAAGGACUUCAUGCCGCAGUUCAUUUGUACAACGUGCUUGAACAGUCUCACCAUUGCCAUACAGUUGCGGAAGCAGCUGGAAACCACAGAACGAGAUCUACGCAAGCGCCUGUCGCGCAGCAAGAACAAGGUGCGUCGUCCCCGAGGGUAUGUGGUCAUUGAUGCCCCCGUUUCCGACUCAGCCAGCGACGAUGAUGAGGACGACGAUGUGGAGUUCAAGGUGUCGGACGUGGCAGGUUCCACUAGUGCGGAGAGCGACUCACCCGAGUCGGACAUCAGCGAGAAACGCAAACGUUCGAUGGGUCGCGGUCGUGGACGCAAGAAGGCCACUAAGCGCGGCAGCGAGGACAACGAUGACGAAUCGGUCAGCGCCUCAAAGAAGAAGGCACUUGGCUCCCCCUCGAUGACCGGUCCCUUUGAGUGCAAUCAAUGCGACCUGACCUUCUCGCGCAAACAGUCUUACGUUCUGCACCGCAAGUCCCACGACCCACGCAGUGUUUUCACCUGCGAGAUUUGCGAAAAGACGUUCAAAGUGCAAUGGGCCUACAAGACCCACAUGGAACGUCACGCCCAGGAGCGUGCCCACUUCCGCUGUGAACUCUGUACGCAGGUCUUCAAGCUGCGGGCCGAACUUAAGCGCCAUAUGGCCGUGCGUCACGACGAGCAUGGCUUCAUCUACGAAUGCAAGCGAUGCCAGCGCACCUUUCUCACCCAGCAGCGCUUGCAACGCCAUCAGAGCACCAGCUGCCUGCGCCAUGGCGAGGAGCGGAGCAGCCACAACAACAAGCGCAGGUCCACGGAGGGCCAGCCACAAGGCAGGGACCUCUUCAAGUCGGUGGCCCCCCUCACCACCACCUACUGGAGCGACAGCUUCUCGGACUAAACUGUGUGCGGGCCCGGUGCUGGUGCCGGUGCCGGGCAGAGCUCGUGCUUGGAAAUUUGGGACAUGUGGAUUUCUGUUUCUAUGAAAAGAAUUUAAGUUUAUCUAGCUUUAAGAUGAAAUUAGUGCAAACAAAUACAUAUACAUAUGUGUGUAACGAAUGCGCAUUGAAGGUAAA